AUGCUGACCCCUUCUGUAUCUUCACCUCCACCACCCCCCAAAGUCCACAAUAUACAACACAUUCUAGAUGAGGCAGCACAGAAACCCCGCAAGCAUCUCGGGAGUCAGCUCUAUGCAACUACGACCGAGUUGCCCAAGCCUAAUUCAUUCCUGGACGAUCAAUUCGGCUAUGCGUCGAAGCCGAAAAAACUUCCCCGCUUCUCAAUCAAUCCCAUCAAUUGCACAUACACCAUCAGAGUACCUCGCUUUUACCUGAAGCCGCGGCAGAGACAACAAAUUGUACUACAGCGCCAUUUGUGGGGAGCGCGUGUCUACAGCGAUGAUUCGGAUCCGAUAGCUGCUGCGAUACACUCUGGAUGGAUUCGGGGCGAGUGGGACGAAACGGUGGACGUGAAGAUGUUGGACCCUCGGCUGUCGCAGGCCAACGAUCCGAGCGACGCCCAAGAUAGUCUGGAAAAGCUUCCGGUAGCUCCUGUCAUACCACCCGCUGAUAUGGAUCUGCAAAUCGAGCUUUUGAUGCUGCCCAAGCUCGAGGAAUUUGCGGGGACGACCGAAUACGGCAUUACGAGUCGCAAGAGCUCCAACCAUGACGGGCUGAGCUUCACAAUCAACAAAAUACGCUGGGUUGACGAGGGCAUGGGAAGCCGUGGACAGGAAAGGACGGCAGCAGCUUUGAAAAGACGUCUAGACGCGAGCGCCGCGCUGUUGUCGUUGAAGAGCGGCGGAGACGAAGUGUUCCGAGCCGUCAAUGGGCUGACGAAGUUGUCCGCUUGA